AAGUAGCCACAGGAUUUGGUGACUGAAAAGUCUGAGAGGGUGUUUGUUAAUUGAGAGGUGAGAAUGACUGAGAGGCAUCUACUGUUCCUGUCCCCUUACAAAGGAGGCACCCGAGGCCCAGAGGGAAACAGUCACCACUGCUUCAGGGUGCGGCUUCCAAGCCAGAGCUUGACACUGCCACGUGGGGAGACUUCACAGUGAAGAGACGGCGUUUGCACCUGGUGCUGGGCCAAGUGUUCUCACCCAGCUUGUCUGUUUCAGAUCUCUUUGCAGGGACCCAGAUAUGGAGCUGCGGGAAGAGGCCUGGUCUCCAGGGCCGCUGGAUUCCGAGGACCAGCAGAUGGUCAGUCACGAAAACCCAGUGGACAUCCUCAUCAUGGAUGACGACGACGUCCCCAGCUGGCCCCCGACCAAGCUGUCCCCUCCCCAGUCCGCGCCCCCAGCUGGCCCCCCGCCACGGCCACGGCCACCCGCCCCCUACAUAUGCAACGAGUGCGGCAAGAGCUUCAGCCACUGGUCGAAGCUGACGCGGCAUCAGCGCACGCACACGGGCGAGCGGCCCAAUGCCUGCAGCGACUGUGGCAAGACCUUCUCCCAGAGCUCACACUUGGUGCAGCACCGGCGUAUCCACACUGGCGAGAAGCCCUAUGCCUGUUCUGAGUGCGGCAAGCGCUUCAGCUGGAGCUCUAACCUCAUGCAGCACCAGCGCAUCCACACUGGCGAGAAGCCCUACGCUUGCCCCGACUGCGGCCGCAGCUUCACGCAGAGCAAGAGCCUGGCCAAGCACCGGCGCUCGCACAGCGGCCUCAAGCCCUUCGUGUGCCCGCGCUGCGGCCGCGGUUUCAGCCAGCCCAAGAGCCUCGCACGCCACCUGCGGCUGCACCCAGAGCUGUCCGGGCCUGGUGUGGCGGCCAAGGUGCUGGCGGCCAGCGUCCGCAGAGCCAAGGCACCCGAGGAGGCAGCGGCGGCGGACGGCGAGAUUGCCAUCCCGGUGGGCGAUGGCGAGGGCAUUAUUGUGGUGGGCGCACCAGGCGAGGGGCCCACGGCAGCCACAGCCAUGACGGGCACGGGGGUCAAAGCGGCGGGGCCCCGGUCGCGGCGCGCCCCAGCACCCAAGCCGUACGUGUGUAUGGAGUGCGGGAAGGGCUUUGGGCACGGGGCCGGGCUCCUGGCUCACCAGCGGGCCCAGCACGGAGAUGGGCUUGGGGUGGCGGGGGGCGAGGAGCCCGCCCACAUCUGCGUGGAGUGCGGGGAGGGCUUCGUGCAGGGCGCCGCACUCCGGAGACACAAGAAGAUCCAUGCAGUGGGCGCGCCCUCGGUCUGCAGCAACUGCGGUCAGAGCUACUACCGGCCUGGUGCGGGGGAGGAGGAGGAGGAGGACGAGGCGGCCAGCGGUUGGUGCGAAGAGUGCCGGGGCGGGGAGGGGCGGUAG